AUGACUUCUGGUGAGUUAUUUUGUUUGUUUUUCUUUCGAUUUUUAGGAGCCAUGUGGGACAAGGGAAGGUUUAAAAAGUCUUUGAUGUUGUUUGGAGGCCAAAGUUGCGAGUUUUAACCUCAUUUUAGAGAUCAAAGUCUCUAGGAUAAUAUAAGUUUAAAUUUUUAUCAAAUUGAUGCUCUUUUUGGUUUAAAAGUUAGAAAAAAGAUUUUUAUGGCCUUAAGAAGCUAACACGAGCGCUUUACUUCAAUUUCAAACAUGGUUUUAGUUAUAUUACCCUUGCCCAGUAUAAUAUCCGAAUAUUUUUUAGUUCAUCCGCUUGAGCCUACAAAUAACUCGACCAAAUACCGCAAUUAUGCAGCCUCGGUGGACAAAGCCCUCAAGGCUUUCGAGUAUACCAAUGAUUGGGCCGAUUUGAUUGCAUCCUUGGGUAAAUUAUGCAAAGUAAGUUGAUUUUUUUGAUGUUUCUCUUGAAUUUUAGGAAAAUCGAAGGUGAAUUGUAAAAUACGAAGUCCUCCAAGUUUUCUUUCAAACUAGUCCAGCUAAAUUUUUGUGAAAAUCAAAUCGAAUUCAAGGUUUUUAAAAUUUUUGUCCGAUCUGUCAGGUUAAGCGACGCAGGCGUCCGAUUUGAAUUUUGAGUACUCUAAAUCAAGUUAGCAGAUAGUAGAAGACUCGUACUAAGGUUUGAACUCAUUUCAGGUCUUCCAAUCGCACGCCCGCUCCUUCGACGACAUUCCCAAAACCGUAACGGUGGCCAAACGCCUUUCCCAAUGCCUGCAUCCUGCCCUGCCGUCGGGUGUGCACCUCAAAACCCUCGACACCUACAAACAAGUCUUCUCGGUGCUGGGACAGUCGGACAAGCUCGCCCGAUGCCUCUAUCUCUUCACGAUCGGCCUGUUCCCGUUGAUGGACAACUGCGGGAUCAAGGUGAAGCUGGAAUUGAUGUCGGUUUUCGAGAAAUUCCUUCUUCCAUUGGGUCCCAAAAUACGUCCAGCGCUCCCAGGAUUCAUUGCGGCGAUUUUGUUUGCAUUGGAAGAGGGUACGGAUUUUUAUAAUCCGGCUAUCGAAUUGUUGGAUCAAGUGAUGGAAUCGUCGGGACCGUUGUCGUUUUAUGCUUGUUUGUGGCAGGUAAGGACUGGAGAAGAAGUUUGAGGGGAUUUUUGGGUGAUUUGGAAGAUUUGGGAUGUUAUACUAGACCACUUUUGUAUUGUAGUAGACAUAGGGAAAAAAUUUUUUUUUUUGGUUUUCUAUGGCAAUGUUUGCUCGUUGAGUUGUCAAUAGUCUCUCUGAAGCGAUAUUUAAUUCAUUUUGACUAUUUGGGAUAUUAUACUAGACAUUUUUUGUAUUACACUAGACAAAAAAAAUUUUUGGAAAUUUUGGAAUUUGUUGAUAUUACACAUUAUUUAUUGGCCCUAAAGGCCUUUAGAGAUCAGCAGGAAGCUUUCUGAUCCAUUUUUGAUAUUGUUUUAGACAUUUGUUUUGUUGUAAUAGACAAAAUUUUUUAUUAUUUUUUGCUUUUUUAAACAUUACACAUCAUUUUCAGGCCGUCCGUGGCUCUCCAGCUGUCCGACUGCCCGCCCUGAUCUUUGUGAACUCCAAAUUUGAUAAGCGAAAACCGAUCGACGACCAGUUGGCGGUGAUUUCCGGCGGCUCCCUGCACGCCGACUACAUGACCGACGCCCUGUGCGCGGUGGCUGAAGAUCCCGGCAACCCAUUGGUGCAACGGAAUUUGCUCGAUUUCCUCUGCACCGCCAUCCCCCUGAAUUCCGCCCAUGUGGCGCAGUCGGACCUGGUCCAGAUCCUGAAAAGGUGCCUGUUUGUGGUCCUGCGAAGAGAUAUGAGCCUGAAUCGGCGGUUGUAUCAAUGGCUGCUGAACCGCCAGUCCGACGGCGCACAGCCCGCCCUCGGCGGCGCCGAGGAAUUGACUGAUCUCGACUUUUUUUACACUUACUCGAUACCCCUGAUUCGUCUCGCCAUUGCCGACUUUUUGCCACAGCAGACGGUGGAAAUCCCGGUGAAUACUAGUCCAUUGCCGCUCAGUGACUCCUGGAAGGAUCAUAGAGUAGGUUGGAGCGAGUUUUUGAGGGUUUGGGACGUUUUUGCAGUGACGGAUCUGAUCCAGUGGCAAAAAACGUACCUUUUUGCAUCCGGGAAGCAUCCAAAAAUGUAGCAAAAUGCCUCCCUCUCCAAGUGAAAAAACUUCGCUUUUAAGGACGCGCUCUUGAAAUUGAAGUUUUUUCACUUGGAUAGGGAGGUAUUUUGCUACAUUUUUGAUACUCCCCGGACGCAAAAUGAUACGUUUUUUUUGCCACUCGAUCAGGUCGGCCAUUGUAGGUUGUGUACCUCUGUGGUGUAGUGGUAGUGGGUUAGGACCUGUAGUCGAAAGGUCACAGGUUCGAAUCCACCUGGGAGGAAAAUUUUUUUUUGAAAGAAAGAAUGAUUUAGUGAAUAUAUUGAGCCUGGGAUUGGAUAAAUAACAUGCGUUUUACGAUUUUAGUUGCUAUAGAUAAUGAUUUCUUAGAGAAAGUUUAAUUUUUUUGCAAAAAAAAGUAAACUUGGCCUCGAAAAUUGCAUUUUUUUGGGAGAAUUUUGGUAAAUAGACUUGAUAGGCUUAAGCAUUUAGCUUCAAGGGUUGUAUUGUGAAGCUUACUGCAUGUUUUUACCGAUUUUUUUUCAGAAUUUCCAAGUCCAGUUCACGGAAGUCCGCCUAUGCAGAUUGCUGCAUUAUUUCCUGGAUCGACCCGAAUUGGGCACCCCAAUCUUGAGAGAAACCCUCCUAAUGUUCUUGGAAUACGCCUGUCGAAGAGAUAUUGAAAUGGUCCGUGAGUUGCAGACGUCCUGCGAACAAACCGACCCAUCGUUUUCGUUUGGAACUCUAUGGGAAUCUUGGAGUCAGAACGAUACAAGUUUGGAUGAAGGAGAGAAGGUAAGCGAUAUUUAGGGUGCUGGAGAGAGCUUAAGAUUGGUUUGAGGGAGAGAUAAGGGGAAUGGAAGGGAUUUUUUGGGAGUUUAUAUUGUUUUAGGUGGGUUUGAGCUGAUUUUUGGUGAUUUUUUCUAAUUUUUGAUGGUUUAACGGUUGAUCAUAUAGAAAUAAAGGUGAAUUAAGGUGUGAACUGUUGAUAGGAAUGUCUAGGGAUGUAGAUUUUGCGGAUUUAAAUUUGAGAUUUGCAAUUUUUUGAGAUUUUUUGGCAAAGAAUAAGGGGUUUGGUAAUAAAAUAAAAAAAUUUCAUGGUUUUUAAGGUAAAAUGAUGGAUUUCGAGCUGUACAUAAAAAAGAAGUGUAGAUUAUGUAUUUUUUGUAUAGAAUUUUUCUUGUUUCAACGAUUUUUUGAAAGAAAAAUUGAAAUUUUUGGGAAAAGUCACGGCUUUUUUGGUCUUUUUUCAUAAUUAAGACGAUUUUAUUGAGAAUUUUUGUUGAAAUAGAGAAGGUUUUAUGCUAAGGAGAGUGUAUUCAGUAUUUUAAUACUUGGAUUUGUCAUUUUGGACGAUUUUUUGGUUGAAAAAUUGUGAUUUUUAUGAAAAAUUUGCAAUUUUUGGACAUUUUUUUACGUUCUUGACUUUUUUCAACGAUUUUUUUCAGGAACGCCGACUCGAUGAGAUCCGCAAGACCUUCAACUCGCUCCUCACCUCACUCGAACCCAACUUCCUCUGGGAUUAUUUGGGGGAUUUGUUCCUGAAACUCCUCCAACCCCUGCCCUACAAAACCGACCUCUCCGACGAAGAAGAGGCCUCUCUAACCAUCGAGGAAAGGGACAAACGACAGUUUGAGGAGUCCAAAAGAAAGGAACACCUCAUGCUCUACCCGUUGAUGAUUGUGUUUUGCGUGAAAAAUGUUCGACUAGACGCACAUGAAGACAUUCGAAACCGACAUAUUUCGUCCCUGUUGAAACGAAUUUUGGAUGCCAUCGAUGAAAAAGGAUGUGAAACGUUUUCAAGAGACAAUGUGGUCGCUUUACUGUGUGUUUGCAGAAGGCUAUUGGCCGAAAUUGGACAAAAUGCAGCACUUUUGGAACCGGAAUGUGAGUUGGGAGAUUUUUGGUGUUUGAAGCGAUUUUUGGGUGGUUUUGUGGGGUUAUUGGGGAGAAAUGAGGCAUUAUUGUUGUGGUAGAGGUGGUUGUGGAAUUUUUUUUUGUGAUUUUUGGAUUUUGUUUAUCGAUUUUUGAAAGGAAAUUUUUGGAAUUUUGGAAUUUUUUGGAUCGAAUUUUUUCAAAAUUUUGAUUUUUUUUUGUGGACGCAGAAUUAGUUUUGAUAUGUCAUGAAGAUUUUUAAACAUAUUUUUGGGAUUUUUAACCGAUUUUUUUUGAGGAAAUUCUUGUAAUUUUGAAAUUUUUUGGGAUUUUUUUAAAAAAUUUUUGGAUUUUUUAGGAUUUUUUUGGUUGUAAUAUCGAAAAUUGAUGUUGUAAUGGAGUUUGGCUUGAAUUUUUGAAGGUUUGAGUGGUUUUUUAGACGGAAUUUUUUGGCUUUUUUUCUGUAAAAUUAAAAAAAAUUUUUUUUUUGAUUUUGCCGGAUGUGGUUUUGUAAGUAAAUUUGAUGUUGUAAAAGUACCGCCGUUGUUUUUUUAGCCUCAACAACGAUCGAAAAGGAAGACGAUACCCUGAAAGACGACACUUUGAAUGAUUCCAGGAUCUCCAAAGUUGUGAUAAACAAGAAAAUUGAAGGUAAAAAUUGUCGUAAAAUUUGUAAAAAACGCUUUUUUUAUGUUCCUGAAGUCGUGGGUGGCGAAAAAAAUUUGAUUUUUCGGAUUUUUUUUUAAUUUUUUUGGAUUUUUUUUUAACUUUUUUUGUUUUUUCAGAUCAAAAAGUUGUGGAGGAUUGCUCAGAAUCGUGCAAAAAUUUGACCGUCCAAAUAUGCAACUGGUACGCGAAGGGCCGAGAAAGAGACAAAACUGGCGUUUUGACGGCCACUUUGCACUUACUCAAGGACUUUGCCGAGUUUCCAUUCGUGGUUUUUGAUCCGGAUAAUGGUAAGAGAGGAUUUUUGAAAUUAAAUUUUAUUUUUUUAAAAGAUUUUUUUUAGAUUAUUAAUUUGAUAUUUGGGAUGUAUUUUAUAAAAAAAAGUUGAUAUUUUUUAUUUUUACAUAAAAAAAUUUUUUGAAAUUUGAAAAUAAUUUUGAUUGGCUGUAUUUUAUACAAAGAAAUAGUAAUUUUUUGUGGUUAAACCCUCCAAAAAUAAUUAAAAAAAUUUUUUUUUGUGUUUUUUCGCAAAAAAAAAUAAUUUUUUUUGACCGUAUUUUACCUAUAAAAUUUUUUAUAUUCAAAAAAGAAUUUAUUCUUAUUUUAGCCAUUAGGUUUUAUUUCAUUUUUUAAAAAUUUGAACCACCCGAAAUUGAUUAAAAAAAGUUUUUGCCCAGAAAAAGUACAAUUUUUAGUCGUAUUUUACCCCAAAAAGAAUUUUUUUGUAAUCAAAAAAAAAGUUAUUUUUUCGUAUUUUAGCUUCAAAACAUUUAUUUUAUUUUUUUUGCCCAGAAAAAAUACAAUUUUUAGUCGUAUUUUACCCAAAAAAAUUUUUUUUGUAAUCAAAAAAAAAGUUAUUUUUUCGUAUUUUAGCUUCAAAACAUUUAUUUUAUUUUUUUUUGUCCAAAAAAAAUACAAUUUUUAGUCGUAUUUUACCCCAAAAAAAUUUUUUUUGUAAUCAAAAAAAGUUAUUUUUUCAUAUUUUAGCUUCAAAACAUUUAUUUUAUUUUUUUUUUGCCCAGAAAAAGUACAGUUUUUAGUCGUAUUUUACCCAAAAAAAUUUUUUUUUGUAAUCAAAAAAAAGUUAUUUUUUCGUAUUUUAGCUUCAAAAGAUUUAUUUUAUUUUUUUUGCCCAGAAAAAAUACAAUUUUUAGUCGUAUUUUACCCCAAAAAAAUUUUUUUUUUGUAAUCAAAAAAAAGUUAUUUUUUCGUAUUUUAGCUUCAAAAGAUUUAUUUUAUUUUUUUUGCCCAGAAAAAAUACAAUUUUUAGUCGUAUUUUACCCCAAAAAAAUUUUUUUUUUGUAAUCAAAAAAGAGUUAUUUUUUCGUAUUUUAGCUUCAAAAGAUUUAUUUUAUUUUUUUUGCCCAGAAAAAAUACAAUUUUUAGUCGUAUUUUACCCCAAAAAAAUUUUUUUUUGUAAUCAAAAAAGAGUUAUUUUUUCGUAUUUUAGCUUCAAAAGAUUUAUUUUAUUUUUUUUGCCCAGAAAAAAUACAAUUUUUAGUCGUAUUUUACCCCAAAAAAAUUUUUUUUUGUAAUCAAAAAAAAAAGUUAUUUUUUCGUAUUUUAGCUUCAAAACAUUUAUUUUAUUUUUUUGUCCAUAAAAAAUACAAUUUUUAGUCGUAUUUUACCCCAAAAAGAAUUUUUUUGUAAUCAAAAAAAAAAGUUAUUUUUUCGUAUUUUAGCUCUAUUUUUUUUUUUUUUUUUGCCCAGAAAAAAUACAAUUUUUAGUCGUAUUUUACCCCAAAAAAAUUUUUUUUUGUAAUCAAAAAAAAAAGUUAUUUUUUCGUAUUUUAGCUUCAAAACAUUUAUUUUAUUUUUUUGUCCAUAAAAAAUACAAUUUUUAGUCGUAUUUUACCCCAAAAAAAUUUUUUUUUGUAAUCAAAAAAAAAAGUUAUUUUUUCGUAUUUUAGCUCUAUUAAUUUUUUUUUUUAUCCACUUAAAAUUGAUUUAAAAAAAUUUUUUUUUCGUUUCAGCCAACAUUACACGGGACCCGAAAUACGCGCAUAAAGACUUCUCCCCCUGGCUGUUGGCCCUCCUCGAAGUCUUCGACGCCGACGAAUGGACCAAAUUCGUGCACUCGGCCGCCGUCAACGAAACGGACGGCCGAAUCGACGCCAAGCCCGACUUCGAAAUCCGCGCCAAACUCUUGGAAAUUGUGAUUCAGAUGUUCGUCAGGACUUCCUCGAUACUGGAACAGUGGUAUGUGUACCAUGGACGGCUCCCAACCAACUCGUAUUUGGUGGUGGAGAAGAAGUAAGGAGAUUUUUGGAAGUUUUUGGGGGUUUUUGAGAAAAUUUUAUAUUAAUUUGGGGGAAAUUUUGAUUUUUUUUUUUUUUUGUAUUUUUUUUGUAUAUUUAGGUUGAAAUCGAAAUUUUUGAAGUGAUGUUUGAGUGUUUUUAGGCGUAUUAAGGCGGGAAUUUUUGAUUUUUUGAUUGAUUUUCGAUUUUUUCAAAAAAAUUUUUAGGGGAUUUUUGAAAAAAUCAGUCAAAUUUUUGGUGUUUUAGGUCUUAUUUGAGGGAUUUUGAGGGAAAUUUUUAGUUUUUUAGGACUUUGAAAAGAAAAAAAAUAAAAAAAAAUUUUUUUGAUUUUUAAAAAUUAAUUUUGUAUAAAAUUUCGAAUGUUUGCAGGCCCGAAAAAGCCACCCAGACCUUCCUCCUGAAGCCCUUCAUCCCCGAGGCCGAGAUGCACAAGCUGGAAGAGUCGGGAUUCUUCAAGAAAUCCGCCCUCAUCCUCUGGAGCCACCUGGAAGAGCAGUCGCAGAACGUGAACGCGCUGACCGUCUCGAAACUCCUGCUCCGCCUCCACUCGCGCCGCUCCCAGGAGCGCUCCAGCGAAGUGGAGGAGAUCAUUGUCCAAGAUCUCACGUCCAACAACCGCCUGACCAGCCUUCGAGCCGCCGUCAAGUUCAGAGUGAUGUGGGCUUUGAACCGGGACCAGGAAGAAACAGUUGACCCAUCUCCAAAACCCCUGAAUAAAGUUGUAAUGGUCUUCUUGGGCUUCAUGGCCUACGAAAAUAAGAAUGUGGAAGUCCGAGAUGUGGCCUACACAUGGUUCAGUGAAUGCGCGGAAUGCGGAGAUUUGCACAAGAUUUUACAGGUGCGUUUGGGGAGGAGGAUUUUUUGGGUGGAAUUGGGGGAUUUUGAGGGGUUUUUGGAAAGUCAGAAAGAUUUUGAGAGGUGUGGAUAACUUUUGAGUGUUUUCGGAUUUGUUUGAAAAUUUUGUGAGUUUAUAAAACCCAAGUGAGUUUUGAUGUUACUAUGGGAGUAUGAACAUUUUGGAUCACUUUGGAGGGGUUUGGAUAACCUUUGAGGACUUUGGAUCACUUUUGGGAUCUUUUUGAAAUGUAUGUGAGUUUGGAAAAUACGAAUUAGUUUUGAGGUUGCUGAAGGAGUGGGAAAAUUUUAGAUCGUUUUUGACAGGUUUGGAUCACUUUUUAGGCCUUUGGAUCACUUUUGGGAAGUUUGGAUCACUUUUGAGAAUUUUGGAUCACUUUUGGAACUUGUUUGAAAAUUUUGUGAAUUUCGAAAAGAAAUGAUUUUAUGGGUUUUUUAAAGGAACUUGAAUAUUUUUGGAUCAGUUUUGACGGAUUUGGAUCACUUUUGGGAUUUUUGGAAAAUUUUGUGGAUUUGGGAAAUGCGAGUGUGUUUAGAGGUUACUGGAGGAGUAUGAAAAUUUUGGAUCAAUUUUGAGUGUUUUCGGAUCACUUUUGAGGGGUUUUGGAUCACUUUUGGGAUUUGUUGGAAAAUUUUGUGGAUUUGGGAAAUGCGAGUGUGUUUAGAGGUUACUGGAGGAGUAUGAAAAUUUUGGAUCAAUUUUGAGUGUUUUUGGAUCACUUUUGAGGGAUUUGGAUCUCAGUUUUGAGAAUUUUGAAUAAUUUUUGAGGGGUUUGGAUCACUUUUGGUAUUUAAUUGAAAAUGUUGUGAGUUUAGGAAAUUCGAGUUUGUUUUGAGGCUAUUAGAGGAGUUUGAAAAUUUUGGAUCACUUUUGAGGGAUUUGGAUCACUUUUGGGAACUUUGGAUCACUUUUGGAACUUGUUUGAAAAUUUUGUGAAUUUCGAAAAGAAAAAUGAUUUUAUGGGUUUUUUUAAAGGAGCUUGAAUAUUUUUGGAUCAGUUUUGACGGAUUUGGAUCUCUUUUGAGGACUUUGGAUCACUUUUGGGAUUUUUGGAAAAUUUUGUGAAUUUGGGAAAUGCGAGUGUGUUUAGAGGUUACUGGAGGAGUAUGAAAAAUUUGGAUCACUUUUGAGGGGUUUUGGAUCACUUUUGGGAUUUGUUGGAAAUUUUGUGAAUUUAGGAAAGAAAAAAGAAUUUAGAGAUUACUAGAGGAGUGAAAAUUUUGGAUCACUUUUGAGGGAUUUGGAUCUCACUUUUGAGAAUUUUGAAUAAUUUUUGAGGGGUUUGGAUCACUUUUGGUAUUUAUUUGAAAAUGUUGUGAGUUUAGGAAAUUCGAGUUUGUUUUGAGGCUAGGAGUUUGAAAAUUUUGGAUCACUUUUGAGGGAUUUGGAUCACUUUUGGGAACUUUGGAUCACUUUUGGAACUUGUUUGAAAAUUUUGUGAAUUUAGGAAAGAAAAAUGAUUUUAGGGUUUUUUUAAAGGAGCUUGAGUAUUUUUGGAUCGGUUUUGACGGAUUUGGAUCUCUUUACUUUGGAUCGCUUUUGGUAUUUGUUUGAAAAUUUUGUGUGUUUUGGAAAGAAGAAUGAAUUUAGAGGUUACUGGAGGAGUAUUGAAAUUUUGGAUCAUUUUUGAGGGUUUUGGAUCCCUUUUGAGGACUUUGGAUCGCUUUUGAUUUUUUUUCUUUGUAUUAGAAAUUGUUUGAUUACGAGCGUAAUUUUUGGACUUUUGAAGUUUUUAUGAGCACUUUUGAACGUCUUGGAUAACUUUUGAGGGGUUUGGAUCCCUUUUGAGACUUUUGUAGAACUUUUGCAAUUUUUUCGAAAGCUAUGUAAUAAGUCAAUAUUUACCUUCCAGAUGCUCUUCCUGAUGCUCCUCACCCCCGCAUCGGCCCGCGUCUCCGUUCAAUUCGUCCAAAUUGAAAACCGAAUCACCAAGUAUCAGAUCCCAUCGCUGCCGGAAGCCGUAAACGCCGUCUCCCUGACGACCGUCUCCGGAAAGCAGACCUUCCACCACGUGUGCCGCGACAUUGACGCCCCCCUGGACGAGAACAGGUCCUGCUCCGCCACCGCACCGUGGAAUAACUUCCAAUUUUUGGACUGCACCAACCCCGAGAAGUGGGUCCAGGAACUGAAGGCCAAGCUGCUGAUGCCGCCGGUUUCCGAGCCCACCACCCACGACCUCACCAUCUUUGCGCAACGCCCAUGGCAGUCGUUCUAUCCAUCGACUCCUGGCGAAUUGGAUGAGACCAAUUUUUUGGACGCCUCCACCGCCGCCCGGCCCAGAACACCAACGCUACAGGAGAGCUUUCAGACCGUUUUUCAACCGGAAUCCGCAACCAAAUCCGGCUCCGGAUUCACUCCGGCCCACAAACGAACCGUUUCGGAUAUCCCACAGUUUGAUCAGGACGCUGAAUCAAUCGGUAAGAAGAGAUUUUGAGGAGUUUUGAAAGGGUUUGGGUAGGGAAUACCUGUUUUGGGUAGUGCAAGGUAAAAUUUGAAGGAGAAUUGGGACUUUGGGAUUGAAAAUAGGAUCUUUUGGCGUUUAGAAAGUGUUGUAAAUUGAUUUUGAGUAAGUGGGUAGCAAUUUUUUUCCGAGGGAAAGACUUGACCCAACUUGGGUCAAGUGUUUCUCUGAAUGGGAAAUUGGUUAAAAGAUUCGCAAAACGUAUUUUACACUCGUGUUUACGUUAAAACGACUAUUAUUUUUUACUUUUAGUGUUAGAUUUUACAUUGAAAAUUAUGAAAAUUGGAUUUUUUAGGUUUUUUUGCGUUUUUUUUGUAAGAUCGGUGGAGAAAAUUGUAUUUUUUAGUUACGAAAAUAACAAAUGUGACAUGCUAGUGGAGUUUUAUAUUCAUUGAGAAUUGGCUAACAAAAGUUUUUUGACCAAGAGGAAGAGUUGACUCAUUUUGGGUCAAGUGAGUCAAGUGUUUCUCUCGUUCAAAAAAAUUUAGUUUUUGUGCAAAAAAAACGUCAGUGCCGUAUUUUACAUUCCUCAGAGGGCAGGUGCUGCCUUGUUGAAAUUUUCGGGUCAAGUGUUUCCUUCGAAAAAUUUAAAAAUUCGAUUUAAAAUUUUUUUUUGUUUUGGCUAAAACUUGGAUAAUUUUCGUCUUCAGGAAGCCUGAGUCUGGACGAAUCCAUCGACCAGGAGGUGUUUGAGGUUGUCCAACAACUCAUUGACCAGAUCUGCGACGACGAACUGAACCAAAGCGAUCUCCAGCGAAGACUGGACGAGGAUUCGGCAACCGAAAGCGACGCCGAAUCCGAACCCGAAUUGCUCCCCAAACCCAACGGAAUCCAAGAACUGGAGGAAUUGAAAGAAGACGAUGUCCCCGGACCACUGCCAACCGGCCUCAAGUCGCCGGGCGAACGAAAACCGCUCUACAUCAAGAAUGGGACGAGAUCGGAGAAAGCGCCCAGCGAAAACGGAUCAAUUGCACCCUCAACAGCAUCUGCGCCGGUCCUCAAUGCGAUCUCGAGAGUCCCGGACAGCAUCAAGAGAGUCAAAUACGGCCAUAGAAGGCAGGAUUCUCUGCAGGAGACGAUUUUCAGCACGAGCACACAGGAGUUGAGGUGGGUAAAGUAAUGUAUUAUUUUUGGGCGGUUUUUGUGAGAGUUCAGUGGGGAUUGGAGGUUUGUAGUAAGAAGAGGUGUGGUAGAAGGUUUGGAGAGAUUUUUGAACGCUAUGGCAAGGGGAGACCAACAUUAUGAGCUUCGGAAAUUUAUGAUGAAUUUUGGGAUUUUUUGAAAAAAUGUCGAUUUUUUAAGGGGAUUUGGGCGUUUUGAAGGAAAGGGGGGAUUUUUCGGGGCUAUGGCAAGAGGGGAACACAAUUUUCUGAACUUUUUUUUUGAAGUUUGAGAUUUUGAUUUUUGAAAAAAAAAAUUUUUUUUGAGAAUUUUGACUGGCGAUUAUAUAGCUUGGGGCUGUUUUAGAGGUGUGUCAAGGCGAGAUCAUUUGUUUUAAGUUGAUUUUUACUUGAAAAAAUGAGGUUUUUUGAAUUUUUUUGGCUUUUUUCGGAAUUAUUUUUUGGCAAUUUUGAUGCUGGUUGGGGAUCUAAAAUGGAUUUAAGAUGUAUGGUGAGACGAGAAAAUCAAAUUAGAGGCAUUUUUAGUUCAAAAAAAUUGGAUUUUUUUUUUUUUUUUUUUUUUUUUUUUUUGAAUUUCUUUGCGGUUUUUUGACAGUUUUUUUCAAUUCCAGGCUGUUUGACCCCACGGAACUGCCGAAUUUGACGUCACCCGGGGACGCGAAACAGCCCCUCCUCGACGAGACCCACGCCCACAUGCUGCUGUACGCGGAAAGCCCGCGCGUCGUGGACCUGAGCCGCGCCGAAGAGAUCUUCCGCAUCAUGAGCGCCCUGCUGAAGAACAACACCGAAUCCAAGCUGGGCAAAAUGAUCGUCGCUUGCAUGCUGUUCACCAACACCGCCCAACUCCAACAGAACCCCGCGUCGGCGGGCUGCGCCCAACAACUGUUGGAGGCGCUGGCCCGCCAUUACAAGCACAUCCAGGGCAAGGGGUUCUGGGGCGACGACGAAUCCCCCAAAUCCGAAUCCGCACAAAACGAAAAGGCCCGCAACCCCACGUUCUUCGAGAUCUUCUGCACGAUUCUGUUGUACUUUUUGCGCUCCUACUACCUCAACUCGCCCACAACCACGGUCUCGAAACAGGACCUGGAGCGCUCGAUCAAGUGCAAGAUCGUCGCAAUGGAGUGCUUCAGCGAACUCCUGAGGGUGGUCAACGAACUGAUAAGGGAGUUCAAGUGCCGCGAGUUUGUCAACUUUGUCCAACAGAGCUACAGACUGAGCAGAACGCAGAGAGUGGUGAUCAGCUUGAUGUUAACCAUGGUCCCAGCUCCGCCCAACCAGAAAUCGUGGAGGUAA